UCAGGCAGCGCGCGGGGCAGCCCCGCGCCGGGGCGCAGAAGGACCCCUGUGGCGCGGUCAGGCUCCACGGGCGGGAGGCGGCGCGGGCACCAUGUCUGUGAGCGAUAUGUUCGUGGCGCUGCAAGGCGCCCUCACCGCCGACCAGGACAUCCGUGAGGAGAUCCGGAAGGUGGUGCAGGCGCUGGAGCAGACGGCACGGGAGAUGCUGACACUGCUGCAGGGUGUGCACCAGGGACCCGGCUUCCAGGACAUACCAACAAAAUGUCAGAAGGCUCGUGAACACUUCAGUACAGUGAAAACACAGCUGGAAUCUCUGAAGACCAAGUUUCCUGCUGAUCAGUAUUACAGAUUUCAUGAGCACUGGAGGUUUGUGCUUCAGCGGUUGGUGUUUCUGGCAGCGUUUGUAGUCUACUUGGAGUCAGAAACGUUGGUGACCCAACAGUCUGUGGCAGAAAUUCUGGGAAUUGAAGCUGAUCGAGAGCGAGGCUUCCACCUGGACAUUGAGGACUAUCUUUCUGGCAUAUUAACUCUUGCCAGUGAGCUGGCUAGGCUGGCAGUGAACAGCGUCACCGCUGGUGACUAUUCUCGUCCUCUCCGCAUCUCAACUUUUAUCAACGAGCUGGAUUCUGGCUUCCGUCUCCUCAACCUGAAGAACGACUCCUUGAGGAAACGUUACGAUGGCCUGAAAUAUGAUGUCAAGAAAAUUGAGGAAGUGGUUUAUGACUUGUCGAUCAGAGGACUCAGUAAGGAGACAACAGGUGGUGCGGGUGGAGAGAAAUGAAGGAUGCUCAUUUUAGCGGCAUCAGUUACCUCAGAUGGUUGCCAAUGUAGGAAGCGUGCUAGGGAAGCCUUCCCACAGUAGUUUAGAAGAACUGCAGUUGAAAGCUGCUCUCUAUUUUCUUACAAAAGAUGUAGUACGGGUGUUAGAUCUCCAAAUGUUUUGUAAAGUCAUGUCUAGGUUAGGGCAGGAGGUUCCGUUUCCAGUGGAAUUCCUCUGCCAAAGCACAUGGCACUGUUCUGUGCAGCAAUCAGUCAGCAACUCCCAGGAGCUGAAAUUCUCAUUAGUUCCAUAGUGUCGCUUCACUGCUUUGGCAGUGACGUGCUUCAGCUGUCUCUGCUCACACACCUUUGAAGAUGUGUGCACAGCGCACAUCUCAGUGCAGAUACAUGUGAUAGUUUAAAAAACACAGUUUGUAAAUAUCUACACAUUUUUUUAAGACACUGAUUUUUUUUUUUUUGCCUUUUUGUUUCUUAAAUUUUUACCCUUGUCAGGAAGAGGAACAGAUAGAUUUGCAUACCUGUUCAUGAACCAUAUUUUUUAAAUGGCUUCUGUUUAAUGUAUCCCCCCUUAAUUGAGAAACCGCUGAAAAUAUUCCUGAGAAUUUCUCCAUUGGCAGGUGCAGGACACCCGGGCACCAUCUCUUAUCUUUCUUUCUUUCUUUCUUUAUUUCUCUUUUUUCCUUUCCUCCAAGAUUUCUGUUACUGCAGAGAGCAAGGUUUUUUCAAACACCUGCUUUCUCUGGCUGGUGUUUGUUGUAAUGAUAUGAGUGAAUGCUGAGUUCCAGUAUCAUUUGCUUUGAGAACUCAGUGUAACCAACGUUUAUUUUAACUAUCAAGGUUUCCGAAUAGAGGAGUGACAAUUGACAAAUGGCAGGUAGUUCCUGAGUUUUAACAACCUGUAUGGGCCACCCCUGAACCUGUGUCCCAGGAUUAAAAAAAACCACACCAAAACUGUAGUUGAUGUGGUAAAAUGUUUGUAUCUUCAGAAGAGGGGAAAUCACUGCUUUCAGAUACUUUGCAUGUAAGGUGUUUGCAAACACCAGCAGCCUCUUUCAUUUGUGUAAAUGGACAGACUCUUACCUCCCCAAGUGUUCUCAUCUACUAAAUGACUGGGUUUUGCCAUUCUUCUCCUACUUCUGCUGGUGCAGGAGGGUAAAGGAGAAGAGCUGACUUCUUUAGGAAAAGGAAUAUUUCCCCAGGAGGAACAGGAACAGUCAAGUUUAUGUGGGAUUUGUUAGUGGUUAAUUUUGUUAGCAAAGAUUUUCCAUUGUUUCAGUUAGAGUUUUGGUUUGUUUAUUGAAUGAAAAUGGUUUCUUGGUUAUUUUGGCCAAUAAAAGCUAUUCUUUGAUUUUGGCCAUUUGUAA